UAACAGUGUUUUUGGCCUCUCUAAGAUCAAUCACCCCCUUCAAUAAAAAAUCACACUUUUAAACUUUUUCUUCCCUGCGCGUGGAAGCCAAAUCCCAUGGCAUCCACAGUUCCUCUUACUGGUCAUUUAUCGAGCAUCCACGGAGCAAGUGAAUGGAAAAAGCUUAACCCUUCGUUAACAUCUCUUUGUAAACUAAACUCCAGUGCAAAUGUAGUUGACAUGAGGAUAUUAUCUCAGCGUGGACGUAAAAAAUUUGGGCCUGAUCGUAGAAAUUUCCGAAUUUAUGCCCUAUUUGGAGGAAAAAAAGAAAAUAAUGGGAAAAGUGACGAUGCUCCUUCUAAGGCAGGAAUUCUUGGAAACAUGCAAAAUCUUUAUGAGACCGUGAAGAAAGCACAGAUGGUUGUCCAAGUUGAAGCAGUGCGAGUACAGAAAGAACUUGCUGCAGCAGAGUUUGAUGGUUACUGUGAGGGUGAAUUGAUAAAGGUAACACUAUCUGGGAAUCAGCAACCAAUUCGAACACAAAUUACUGAGGCUGCUAUGGAAUUGGGACCGGAAAAACUUUCACUUUUAAUCACUGAGGCAUACAAGGAUGCACACCAGAAGAGUGUCCUGGCCAUGAAGGAAAGGAUGAGUGAUCUUGCACAGAGCUUAGGAGUGCCACCAGGGCUCGGUGAAGGGUUGAAGUGAUGACUGUAAGAUGAACCUCAAUUUUGCACACAAAACCCUGUCAGAAAUGCUUAUUUCUCCCUUUAUAGAGAUUUUGAAUUUCCAAUCUUAUUUAUUCCGUUGUGUACGGAUCCUUUGAAAUGGUGGACUUUCCACUUUUCUUUUGUCCAUUGUACUAUUAUUUGUUUAGUGGGGAAUAAUCAAUUCUAUAUGUUCUAUCAUUUUGUCUAUGUCAACUUGGGUUGAAUUUGAAAAAAAAGGACCUUUAAUGAUAGGGUUUCUUAUUCUU